GGUUGACCUCAUCCAAUCUGUCUCGCUUGCAUGAGAGGCGGACAGGGAGCUGGCAGUUCUUACAUUCUGUGGUUUGUGUUCCAAACGAACCGAACUGCGCCCAUAGGCAAGGCACCAGCCCUGUUUGGAGCACAGGGAUUUUCUUUUUCUUUUGACCCAUGACUCAACCUGUGUAGGGAGAUUUAGACAGUUACCAUGUUUAAUUUGAUAAAGAAAGACAAGGAGAAGGAAGGGAGCAGGAAAGACAAGAAAGAGAAGAAGGAGAGAAUGUCUGCGGCAGAGCUGCGCAGCCUGGAAGAGAUGAGCAUGAGGCGGGGUUUUUUCAAUCUUAAGAGGGAGGCUAAACGGGAAACCAAGAACAAAGUGGAGAUCUCCAACCCCAUUCCUAUCAAAGUGGCCAGCACCAAUGAGCUGUCCCUCACCGACAUUGAGUCGGAUGAGUUCAGCAACCGAAGCAGCAUGGUCUUUGAUGAUCAGAUCAGUGUGGCCAGCUCCACUGAUGACUUGAAAGGAGAGGGAGGAGGUCAGGAUGGACAUCGCAGCUCUGUACGGGACCGCGUGGCUCACUUUGGUUCUCUUGCCAAGCAGAACUCCUCACAGAUGGGGCAGAUGAUGAAACGUUUCUCCUUCUCCCAGAGGAGCAAGGAGGAGAGCCCGUCAGAGGGCUCCACGCCUUCUGGACAGAACUCUGCUGCUCCAUCACCGCAGGUUGAGAACAAAGUGUUUAACAUGCUUCGCAAACACAGCCAAAGAGUUCAACCAGAGGCGGCAGACACCAAAAAAGUUUUCAUCCCUGAACUGGUUGAUAAGAUUUUUCCUGCACCCUUGCAGCUGCCUACUGUGGUUGCACCAAGUGCCCCAGAAACGCGGGAGCUGGAGCUGCAGAGGCGCAACACUGGGGACUUUGGGUUCUCUUUACGCCGUACCACUAUGCUAGAUCGCAGCCCUGAUGGAGGGGUCUACAGACGCGUGGUCCACUUCGCCGAGCCUGGUGCUGGCACUAAGGACUUGGCGCUCGGACUUGUGCCCGGCGACAGGCUGGUGGAGAUAAACGGACGGAAUGUGGAGAACAAGAGCCGUGACGAGAUAGUUGAGAUGAUCCGUCAGUCAGGAGACACAGUGAGACUGAAGGUCCAACCCAUCCUGGAGCUGAGCGAGCUGAGCCGCUGCUGGCUGAGAAACAUCGAGGGGCUGUGCAGAGAGGCCCGACACGUGAAGACAGAGGAGCAGAUUACAGCAGAGCAGGCUUGGUACGGAUCAGAGAAGGUCUGGCUUGUUCACAAAGAGGGCUUCUCUCUCGCCACUGUGCUGAAGACAGAGUAUGGCUCACUCCCUGAGGGAAAGGUGAAGAUCAAGCUGGAGCAUGAUGGAACAAUACUGGAUGUGGAUGAGGAUGACAUAGAAAAGGCCAACCCACCAACAUAUGACCGCUCAGAGGACCUGGCUUCGCUCGUUUACCUAAAUGAGUCCAGCAUAAUGCACUGCCUGAGGCAGCGCUACGGAGGAAACCUCAUCCACUCCUUCGCUGGGCCCAACAUGGUCGUUAUCAACCCUCUCAGUACACCUUCUAUGUAUUCCGAGAAGGUCAUGCACAUGUUCAAAGGCUGUCGGCGGGAGGACACUGCCCCUCACAUCUAUGCCGUGGCCCAGUCAGCCUACCGCAACCUGCUCACCACCCAGCAGGAUCAGUCUGUUGUUCUUCUGGGCAAGUCUGGCAGUGGUAAAACCACCAACUGCCAGCAUCUGGUCCAGUACCUGGUCUCUAUAGCUGGAAGCACGGGCAAGAUCUUCUCUGCUGAGAAGUGGCAGGCGGUCUACACAAUCCUAGAGGCCUUUGGCAACUGCUCCACCACCAUGAACAUGAACGCCAGCCGCUUCUCUCAUGUUGUGUCCCUGGACUUUGAUCAGGCUGGACAGGUGGCUUCUGCCUCCAUCCAGACCAUGCUGCUGGACAAACUGAGAGUGAGCAGAAGACCUGAAGCAGAGUCCACCUUCAAUGUGUUUUACUAUGUGAUGGCUGGAGCCGACAGCGCUCUGAGAACCGAGUUGCACCUUAACCAGCUGAAUGAAAGCAGUGCUUUUGGGAUUCACUCACACUCCAAGACUGAAGACAAGCAGCGGGCCGUGCAGCAGUUCACCAAGCUGCAGGCGGCCAUGAAGGUGCUGGGCAUUUCUGUGGAGGAACAGAGGGCUCUCUGGCUUAUUCUAGGAGCCAUUUAUCACUUAGGGGCCGCAGGAGCCACUAAAGACGAAGAUGAAGCAGGACGCAGGCAGUUUGCCCACCAUGAAUGGGCUCAGAAGGCAGCCUACCUGCUGGGCUGCACCCUGGAUGAGUUGUCGUCUCUGAUCUUUAAGAACCAGACCCGGGGAAUGCAGCCACUGUUCAGAGGGGGCCAGGAUGAUGCUGGUACAGGUGACAACUCAGGAUCUAAAUUCACAGCUCUGGAAUGUUUGGAGUCCAUGGCAUCAGGACUGUACUCAGAGGUCUUCACUGUGGUCAUCUCUCUCAUAAACAGGGCUCUGAAGUCCAGCCAGCACUCCCUCUGCUCCAUUCUGAUCGUGGACACGCCGGGUUUCCAGAACCCUCGCCUGGCUCAGCAGCAAAGAGGAGCUACGUUUGAGGAGCUCUGCCAUAACUACACCCAGGAGAGGCUGCAGAAUCUGUUUCAUGAACGGACCUUUGUCCAGGAAUUGGAAAGAUAUAAGGAGGAAAACAUAGAGCUUGUUUUAGAUGACGUAGAGUCCAGUUCCUCCCUGUCUAUAGCCGCUAUUGAUCAAGCCCCACCACAAGCUCUGGUUCGUACUUUGGCCCGAAUGGAAGAGGCUCGAGGCCUUUUGUGGCUGAUGGAGGAGGAGGGGGUUAAACCUGGCGGAUCAGAGGAGAUCAUGCUGGAGAGACUCUUUAGCUACUACAGUUCUGGUCUCGGAGAAAACAAAGAGGCCAGUAUGUUACUGCGAGGGGAGAAGUCCCACCUCUUCCUUCUGGGCCACAGCCAUGGAACGGACUGGGUGGAGUACAACGUUCAGGGCUGGCUGGGCCAUGCUAAGAACAAUCCUGCAGCCCAGAGUGCUGCCACUCUGCUCCAGGACUCUCAGAAGAAGAACAUCAGCGGUCUGUUCCUGGGCCGGUCCAGCGGGGCCACAGUGCUGUCGGGCUCCAUUGCCGGCCUGGAGGGCAGCUCUCAGCUAGCUCUGCGCCGCGCCACCAGCAUGAGGAAAACCUUCACCACCGGCGUCGCUGCUGUCAAGAAGAAGAGCCACUGCAUCCAGGUCAAACUCCAAGUGGAUGCCUUGAUUGACAUGGUGCGCCGUUCCAAGGUCCACUUCGUUCAUUGUCUGCUGCCCAAAGCAGAGUCGGUGGGGGGCAGUGACCCCCGUGUUCCUCAUGGAGAGAGCUCUGACUCGGGGCUGAUGACUUUAGACGUGGGCCUCCUGAGAGCUCAGCUCCGGGGCUCCAAGCUGCUAGAUGCCCUGCGCAUCUACAGGCAAGGUUACCCAGACCACAUGGUGUUCUCAGAGUUCCGCAGACGCUUCGAUGUUCUAGCACCACAUCUGACUAAAAGACAUGGCCGCAACGACAUAGUCCCAGAUGAGAAGAGAGCGGUGCAGGAGCUGCUGGAGUCCCUGGAGCUGGAGAAGAGCAGCUACCACCUGGGGCUGAGCAAGGUGUUUUUCCGAGCUGGGACUUUGUCCAUGCUAGAGGAGCAGCGUGAUGUCCAGACCAGGAGGAACAUCUCUCUGUUCCAGGCUGCAUGCAGAGGCUACCUGGCCAGACAGGCAUUCAAGAAGAGGAAGAUCCAGGAUCUUGCCAUCCGGUGCAUCCAGAAGAACAUCAAGAAGAACCGCGGUGUGAAGGGCUGGCCAUGGUGGAAGCUCUUCACCACUGUUAGACCUCUGAUUGAGGUGCAGCUCACUGAGGAGCAGAUCCGUGGAAAGGAUGAGGAGAUUCAGCAGCUGAAACAGAAGCUGGAGAAGAUGGAGAAGGAGAGGAACGAGCUGAGGCUGAACAGUGACCGACUGGAGAGCAGGAUGACAGAACUGUCCACAGAGCUAGCUGAUGAGCGGAACACAGCCGAGUCGGCCUCUCAGCUGCUGGAGGCAGAGACCGCCGAGAGGCUCCGCUUGGAGAAGGACAUGAAGGACCUGCAGACAAAGUUUGACAGCAUGAAGAAACAGACGGAGUCCAUGGAGAUGGAGGUGAUGGAGGCUCGGCUCAUCAGGGCUUCUGAACUCAAUGGAGAGAUGGAUGAUGACGACACAGCAGGAGGAGAGUGGCGGUUAAAGUAUGAGCGAGCCAUCAGGGAGAUCGAGUUCACCAAGAAAAGACUGCAGCAGGAGUUUGAUGACAAGCUGGAGGUUGAACAUCAGAACAAGCGUCAGCUGGAGAGAAGGAUCAGUGACCUGCAGGCCGAUAACGAAGAGUCUCAGCGAAACAUUCAGCAGCUAAAGAAAAAGAAUCAGCGGCUGGUAGCUGAGCUGCAGGACACCAAGCUUCACCUGGAGGGCCAGCAGAGCCGCAACCACGACCUGGAGAAGAAGCAGAGAAAGUUUGACGGUGAGCUGAGUGCAGCUCAAGACGAAGUGCAGAGGGAGAGGAGCCUAAGGGAGAAGCUGGCCCGGGAGAAGGACAUGCAGAACGGGGAAGCCUUCAGCCUCAGACAGCAGCUGGAGGACAAGGACCUUGAAUUGCGUACAGUGAAUUUGAAGCUGGAGCAGGUUGAAGCAGAGCUGCAGGAUCUUAACUCCCAGGAAUCCAAGGAUGAAGCAUCUCUUGCUAAGCUGAAGAAGCAGCUUCGGGACAUGGAAGCCAAGAUCAAGGACCAGGAGGAGGAGCUGGAUGAGCAAGCUGGCACCAUCCAGAUGCUGGAGCAGGCCAAGCUGCGGCUGGAGAUGGAGAUGGAACGUUUGCGUCAGACACAUUUUAAGGAGAUCGAAAGCAAGGAUGAUGAGGUGGAGGAGAUCAGGCAGUCAUGCAGUAAGAAGUUGAAGCAAAUAGAGGUCCAGCUUGAAGAAGAGUAUGAUGAAAAGCAGAAGGUGCUGAAGGAGAAGAGAGAGCUGGAGGCGAAGCUUCUGUCAGCACAGAGCAAGGUGACAAACUGUGACAUAGAGACUGAGAAACGCCUGAAGAAGGACCUGAAGAGGACCAAGGCCCUGCUGGCUGAUGCCCAGAUCAUGUUGGACCACAUAAAGAACAACGCCCCCAGCAAGAGAGAGAUCGCUCAGCUGAAAAACCAGCUGGAGGAGUCAGAGUUCACCUGUGCAGCUGCAGUCAAAGCUCGGAAAUGCAUGGAGGUGGAGAUAGAAGACCUGCAUGUUCAGAUGGAGGAGAUCUCUAAAGCCAAGCAGAUGCUGGAAGAACAGCAGAGCCGUCUUCAGAGAGAGAAGAACGACCUGCAGUCCAGGACGGAGGAGGACCAGGAGGACCUCAACGAGCUGAUGAAGAAACACAAGGCUGCUGUGUCCCAGUUGGCUCAGAACUUGGCUCAAAUGAAUGACUUGCAGUCUCAGCUGGAGGAGGCCCUCAAGGAGAAACAGGAGGUUCAGGAAAAGAUGCAGGUCCUCCAGAGCCAGCUGGAGUUCCAGGAGCAAUCCAUGGUUGAGAAAUCCGUAGCCAAUCGUCAGGAGGCCAAGAUCCGAGAACUGGAGACCAAGAUGGAGUUUGAGAAGUCGCAGGUUAAACGGUUAGAGAAUCUUGUAGCUCGUCUGAAGGAGAACGUGGAGAAGCUGACAGAAGAGCGAGACCAGCGCAUCAGCAGCGAGAAUCGUGAGAAGGAGCAGAAUAAGCGGCUGCAGAGACAGAUCCGAGACAUUAAAGAGGAAAUGGGGGAACUGGCCAAAAAAGAAGCAGAGGCAAGCCACAAGAAACACGAGCUGGAGAUGGACAUUGAGAGCCUGGAGGCUUCAAACCAGAGCCUGCAGGCAGACCUUAAGCUGGCCUUCAAAAGGAUAGGGGACCUUCAGGCGGCCAUCGAGGACGAGAUGGAGAGUGAUGACAACGAAGACCUUAUAAAUAGUUUGCAGGAUAUGGUGGCAAAGUACCAGAAAAGAAGGAACCGAAUUCAGGGCCACUCAGACACAGACUCUGAAGUGGAGGACCGUGUGGAUGGAGUGAAGUCCUGGUUGUCCAAAAAUGAUGGCACUAUCAAGAACCUGUCAGAUGAGGACAGAUAUGCUGUAAAAACCGACUUAAAGGAAGGAAAAGAGUGGAAAGAGGCUCAGGAGAAACAUAAAGAGCAGAGAGAGCUACAGACAAUCAGGCCGGUGCCUGUUGUGGCCUCUCUUAGUUAUAGAAAAAAACCUGACCUGGAUUUCAUCAUAGACAAAAGAGACUCCCUCCUCCGGUCUACCAAGAAGAAAGCAGAGUCAGGCGACGUCCCAAGCAGAUGCAAAACUGAGCUGCUAAACCAGAAAUGUCAUGUUGACCCUUAUCUAGCCUCUUCUAGGAGACGACCUCUUUCACCGGAUGACUUGAGUGACAAACAGUCAGUCGUUUCUCAGGCUGGUUCAGAGGCUAAUGGUAGCAUCAGGACAGGUACAGACAGCCGUUGGGCUCAGUUUAAUCUUUCAUUCACUAAGCCAGGAUCAUCCUCCACCCUUCCUGAGAUAAACCUGAGGAAUAAGGUUCAAACUGGCAGCAGCUUGGGGCUGUCAGGCCUAUACACAGACCAUCACAGCAUCUCUGGUACAGACGGGGCCAGCAGCAGCCGGUGCCCUCCCAGUAGGAGGUCAAGAAGUCAAAGUCCUGGAAGUGUUGGCCAACUUGAUUCCCAGGUAUUUCUAGUUGGUAGCAGUUACCUCGGUGACGGUGGCAUUGACCUAGAUGACAGUAGACAUGUGGCCUUAACUGAGAGGUCCAUGUUCAAUCCUCUGUCUUCCAUUGGACGCAGUUUGUCAAUGCCUCCACCCAGAGACAGGCCCACUUCUGCUGAUUUGCCAAUUGAUACCCUGGACAUUCGGCCGGUCAGCCAUCAGAACUACCUUGACCCUGACUUGGAGAAAGCCAUCAGUGAAGUGCUGAGUUAUAAACCGAUAAAAUUCAAGCGCAGGAGCUUGGAAGACUCUGAAGAGGAUGUAAGAUCCAGGAGUAAUGAAUAUGAGAGCCGAAAGACGGAGAAUGGAGAGAGGAUGUUUCCUACCAGAGGUGUUAGAUGUUCUGAAUCUGCUGUGGAUUGCAGGAGAUCGUCCUGCACUACCGGCAGCCGUCACCAUGGCAGCAAGAGCAAAAGAAAGAGCAAGAAAAAGAGAAGUCACAGCUCUGAGUCCGACAGUUCUGGGGACGAUCCUGUUGAAAGGAGUGACUCUAAAAGAUGGCUCAAAAAGUCCCAAAAAAUGUCCAAGAAAAAAGAGAAACGUCCAUCGUCAGUAUCUUCUGAAUCAGAUUCUGAGUCAAACUUUACAUCAACGUCUGACGCAUCUACCAUUUCCUACCGGAGUUGCAGUAGUGUGAAAACAGCCGUGGGUAGAUCGGUUCCCAGUCCAGAUGAGGAGGAGACUCUGCCACUGAACAAGAAGCAGCCGAUCAGUAAGAAGAAUGAGAAACAAAGGAAGAAGAAGGUGAACCGCCUGAUGAUGAAGUACUUGUACCGGACAGAGAGUGACUGAGGCAGACACUCCCCCAUCCGAAGACGCUCCCACUACGACAGGUCUGAUGAGGAAGAGGAAGAAGUGACGGAGGGCGGUCCGGGAACAACCAGCUCGUCCCGCUCCAGAUACAGAUACAGCAGUCAUUUGAAAGAUGACGAAGAUGAU